GUACAACUUGGAUAUUUUUAAGAAUUAAAUAAUGACUUGGAGACCUGCAAAUAUUUCAAGCUUAUGUUCGCAGAAUCCAUUACUUGCAGGAUGUACACCUUCUGCUAUUGGUUUCGUAUCCUUUUUAAUUCAGUACUUUGCCCAAUCCAAUGAUAAUUACACUGCAAAUGGAAACUAUACUACAAAUGAACCGGGUGAAUAUGAUUUUAUUAUUGUGGGAGGAGGAAGCGCUGGUUGUGUUGUGGCUAACAGAUUGAGUGAAAUAAAAAAUUGGCGGAUUUUACUAUUAGAAGCUGGUACACAAGAACCUUUAGCAGCCGAUACGCCAGCUUUUGUAGCGAUCAUGGGCAAAAGUACCAUUGACUGGGGCUAUAAAACCGAACCACAAAAAAAUUCAUGUCGAUCAUAUUUUGAUCGGAGAUGCAAUUGGCCUCGAGGAAAAGUAAUGGGUGGAUCAAGUACAAUAAAUGCACUUAUAUACAUUCGAGGACAUCCUGAAGAUUUUAAUAAUUGGGCUCGUUUAGGUAAUACUGGCUGGAGCUACCAAGAUGUAUUGCCUUAUUUUAAAAAAUCAGAAAACAAUCGAAAUCCAGAGAUUGUGGCAGCGAAUCCCAAUUAUCAUAAUACAGGAGGCUAUUUAACCGUUGAAUACCUACCGUACGUUGAUCCAAAUACGAAUAUAAUACUUAAUGCUUGGAAUGAAAUUGGUUUUAAAACCAUCGACCCAAAUGCAAAUGAACACAUUGGUGUUUUCAAAAUUCAAUCAACUUCCAAAGAUGGGCAACGUCAAAGUACAAAUGGUGCAUUUAUACGUCCUAUUAUUAAUAAAAGACGUAACCUUGUUGUAAAAACUGAAGCAUAUGUGACAAAAAUUAUAAUCGAUCCAAUAACUAAUCGAGCAAAGGGUGUUGAAUAUAUCUUAACAAACUCAAGUGACAGAAAAGUAAAACAAGCUUUUGCGGCCAAAGAAGUUAUUAUUUCUGGAGGAGCAAUCAAUUCACCAAAACUUUUAAUGCUUUCCGGAAUAGGGCCAAAAAGAGAACUGAAUAAAUUAGGAAUUAAAAUAAUUAAGAAUUUGUCCGUUGGAAAAAAUCUUCAUGAUCAUCCAUCCUUCAGGGGUUUUCUGAUAAAUAUAAAUGAAAAAUCUCAAACAUUGGCUGAUUUCGAACAAAUAAAACAAGAUUCCAUACAGUAUUUAAAAACACAUGAUAACAUUAUUUCAGGGAGUGUGAUACCUACAAACACUUUUAUCCAGACAAUCUUUGAACGAAUAAAAAAUUCUCCGGAUAUUCAAAUUAUGUUUCAAGGACUAAAUAUAACAGAUUACAAAGCAUUCGUCGAUGGAUCCCCAAGUUCAGCAAUGCUGCCAUUGCCUUAUUAUUCAGGUUUAAAUAUUUUACCAGUUUUACUUAGACCUCGCAGUAGAGGUUUUAUUACUUUAAAUCAAACCAAUCCAAUAUGGUCACCUCCAUUAAUAUAUCCUAACUACUUUGACGCAUCACGAGAUCUUGAUGCGUUAAUAGCCGGUAUUCGAAUAAUUCGUAAACUAUUUAGUACCAAAAUUUUUGAGAAAAAUGGUUUUAAACUCUAUGAGGAACCAAUGCCAUCCUGUACAAAAUACAAAUUUGACACUGAUGAUUAUUGGAAGUGCUUAAUAACAGAAUACACAAUUACUUUUUAUCAUCCGGUAGGAACUUGCAAAAUGGGCCCAAAAAAAGAUCCAAAUGCUGUCGUUGAUUCGAAUUUGAAAGUUUACGGAAUUAAGUCAUUAAGAGUCGUGGAUGCUUCAAUAAUGCCAAUCAUUACUAGAGGAAAUACUAAUGCCCCAACUAUAAUGAUCGCGGAAAAGAUAAGUGAUUCGAUUAAAAAAGAAUGGUUGAGAAACUAUCAGUAGUG